GCCGAGAGGGAAAGUUCAAAACGCACGUGCUACAGGACAAGCCACUCACUUGCUCUCCAAGUUUCGGCGUUGUCGCAGGCACAGCCAGUAUACACAGGCCUGACCCACAAUGGUCAUCAAAGAACAGGUCUUCGGACUUCUCCUAACGGCCUUCCUGGUCAUCGUACCAGUGUGCGCAAAUGGUUCAUGUCGUAAGGCCAACCUUUGUUGUCCAGGUCGGGACAGUUCCUGUGUCGUCCAAAAGGCUCCAGUCAAUUCUAUCAUAGAGGACCUCACCGAUCGGCCUUGCUACUGUGACCACGCAUGCCUAAAGGUUGGAGACUGUUGUGAGGACUUCAAGGAGGCCUGCAGAGUGGUCAACUGUGAAGUUUCCAACUGGGGCCCGUGGUCCAAGUGUGAUGCUGACUGUGGACCAGGAAUGAUGAGUAGACAGCGUUUCAUCCUGAAGAGUCCUCAGAACGGAGGAGAACAUUGUCCGGAUCUGGUCCAGAAACGCGGCUGUGCUGGUACAAGAUGUGAAGGUACCAGUCGCAACGAAAAAGCCCUCAAAGCUCAGCCGGCUUGAUGAGCCAUGGUAUUACACGAAAGAUCUCAUCGGCAGUGGAUAUGGCAGAUGUAAUGUGGGUGACAUAUUAUAAGAUUUUUUUUCACUCAUGGACUCUUAGAAAUAAAUACAUA